AUGGAUUUGGUCGCAGGAAUACGCAAAGAAGGCAGCCGCGGCGGCCGCGACUCCUUCAAAUGGUCCGACGUCAAAGAAUCCUCCCACCGCGAAAACUACCUCGGCCACUCCAUCAUGGCCCCCGUAGGCCGCUGGCAACAGAACCGCGAUCUCAAUUGGUAUGCCAAAUCCGGCGACUCCGCCGAUAAAGCGAAGCAGCAACGUGAGGAGGAGAUUCGCCGGAUUAAGGAAGCGGAGCAAGAUGCCAUGGCGGUAGCGUUGGGGUUGCCUGUUGCGCCGCGGGCGUCGAACAAUGCGAAUUUGACGCCCUUGGGGGGAGGGGAGGUGAGGAAGGCUGUGCAAGAGGCUACGGAGGGUGAUGGUGAGGAUGAUGGUGGGCGUGGUGGCAUUGGGUUUGGGUCUUUUGGGGGAGUUGCUGGGAAUGAUGCUGAGGAUGAGAUAUUGGCGCCUAUUGAUCGCGGGACCAUGACCGGAGACGAGAUCACCGGGAGCAUCGCCAUCGUCACCAUCGCGAACAUCGUGAACAUCGUGAAACCCGCGAACACAGGCACCACAGGUCUCGGUCUCGCUCGGUGUCGAGAUCUCCGAGACCGGAACGUCGCGAUCGAAGACCAGAGGCGGAUCGUCGUCGUGACGCUGGUCGUUUGGAGCGCCAUCGGUCGGGUUCUCCACGACGUGAUCGCGAUCGUGGUGAUUAUGAAGGCGGUAGGGAUGCGCACCAUAGACAUCAUCGUCGAUAGGAGGUGGCUAGUGAUUGUUUAUAUUAGAGCUAUGCAUGGCAAUGGCGUUUCUGUGUUUUGCUGCUAUGAGUUGGAACUCGAACGCUGA